CUUACAAUAGAGCAUACUUUCGUACCUUCUCUAGUCUUAUUACAGAAUUAUGGGGUUGGCGAACUGACGAGACACGGAACUGCGUGGGCGUGACCAAGCUUGAACAAACUUCGUGUGGAUUUGGAUUUGCGUUAUCCUACACUGAGAAUCGUUCAAAUGCACUAAUUCUGUCUGAUCAGACAAAUAGAGAGAGGACGCUGGAUGUACCGUUCAUGUCAUCCUGUGAACGCAUCCAAUCAGUCGACUGUGGGAGAUGCCAUGCUCUCCUCCUCUCCAGUCAAGGCCACGUCUACUCAUGUGGUCACAACCCAUUUGGUCAGUGCGGAUAUUCGAGCUACAAAGAUAUAAACAAAAAUAUAGAGACAAGUCUGAUGUCUCCUGUUGAUUAUAUAAUGGAGUCUGGCAUGAAAAGAGUAGACAGUCUGAAGGAAAGGAUUGUACAGGUCGCUUGUGGUCUCGAUCACAGUUUGUUUCUAGACGAGAAAGGAGUCGUGUAUUCGUGUGGUUGGGGAGCAGAUGGUCAGACGGGCAUCGGACAUUACAAUGAUGAGACGAUACCACAACAGGUAGAAGGCGAUCUGCAAGGAAGGAGGGUCAAACAGAUUGCCACUUCGACUGAUUGUAGUUUGGCUCUUACUAGUGACGGUAUCGUAUGUGGGUGGGGGAAUUCAGAGUAUCAGCAGUUGGGACUCGACACGACCGAAAUGCAAGUCGCUGUUCCGAGUGUCAUCUCAGGAAAAUUAUUUGAAAAAGGGAGAGUCGUAAUGGUUGCUGCAGGUGGAUCAUUUUGUUUGUUUUUAACAUCUGUUGGUGCAGUGUACUCCAUAGGCUACGGAGCUGGACUUGGACUUGGCGAUGAGAUCCAGUCAACGUCUAUACCUAAAGAAAUUAGAUUCGAUAUGGUGCAGGGUCAGAGAAUAGGACAGAUACAUGCGAGUGUGGACUACGCUGCUGCUGUUACUAAUGAUGGACGUCUGUACGUUUGGGGUCACAACAGACACAAACAGUUAGGUCCGUAUUGUGAUUACUUGAGUGACGUAUGGAGACCAGCACUCGUGAAAUUACCUUAUAAAAUAGAGACUGUUCAUCUAGGCAUCGACAGCAUGUCUGUGACUAGACGGUUAACACAGUAGCGGUUGUAUUGUGAUUGUAGAGCUUACUCUAGUAGCAUCUGACAUCUGACAUAUUUACUUUAUUUUUAAAUACAAAUACAUACAUUAAUAAUG